UCAACAGCUUGCAGUGCUUUUGCUUCCCCUUCACAGCAGUAAAGGUGUGCCACAGGGUCCUGGACUAUAGCAUCCGCUGGCCUCAGACAUGGCUCAUCUGGCCCUGCCUGUUUUCCUCGUUCUCAGCUUCUCCUUGCUCUGUUGCAGCCGACCAUCUAGCGCUAGGAAAGCUGUGUCACCUCGGCAGUCAGGAGCUGUAGAGGAUGAUGAUGUGAAGUCCCAGCUUGAGAGAUUGUGGCAGGAGGUGACCUUACUGAAAGAGAUGCAGGCAUUGCAGACAGUGUGUCUCCGGGGCAUCAAAGCUCACAAGAAGUGUUAUCUAACAAUUGAUGAACCUAAACAUUACCAUGAGGCAAAUGAAGACUGCAUUGCUCAGGGAGGAACUCUCGCAACGCCACGAGACAUGAUGGAAAACAAUGAGUUGAGAGACUACGCAAAGAGGAGUUCCCCAGGAUCCAGGGACUUCUGGAUUGGUGUGGCAGACAUAGUGAAAGAAGGCCAGUACGUUGAUGUCAACAGCCUGCCAGUCAGCUUUUUUAACUGGGAUCGCUCCAUGAAGCAGCCCACAGGAACGAAGAGGGAAAGUUGUGUUGCUCUUUCUGUGGCUGCACAAGGAAAGUGGUAUGAUGAGGUGUGCCGCAGCCUCAAGAAGUACAUCUGUGAAUAUGUCAUUCCCUGAGGGGGAAGCUGAUAAUUAGAUGAUAUUUUUUGAGGGUUCAACUGAUUAAAACUGCAAAAAUGUGUUAUCCAUCCACGUCAGGGACAGUGUGAAAUACAUGUUGUUAAGUAGAUUUAAAAUAAGCUUUGGUGAUCACAAUAGUAACUUAUCACUGGAUUAUCUGGUGAUGAAAAAUGUCAGGGAGAUUCAUAUUUUAGCAACUCUCAAAGUCUGAGAUGAUGACUAUAUAGCAAGUGAUAUGAUAAAUUUUA